AGAUGGAGUAUCACCCUAGAGUAAGUGUUCGGAUAUUUUAUGAUACCCCAAAGUAUAUUUUAAAAAUGAUUGGACCUUAGAGCUCUUAUCACAAAACUGGGGUAUCAAGCAUCAAUUUUUUUUUUAUUUUUAUGUGCGAUUCUGAUCUAGGCGAUUAUAUUUAUUUGAGAUUUGAAUAAUUCUCUUUGUCUUGUGAUGAAUGAUGGAACAUUAUAAUUUCAGAUCAUAUACAGAGUAUCUACUUUUUGUGACUAUGACCUUGCAGUGGACAUCACAUUAAGUUUCUUCAAUUCUUACUCCAUAUUAUAGAGCAAUUUCUUUGUGUUUCACUGGCAUUGAAGCAUUCAGUUCCUUUGUUAAUACUAGUUUUUUUAAUCCUUUUUUUCUAAAGAGGAGUUGUGACAGUUGUGUUCGGGUACUGGAGCAAUGAAGAUUACCACCGUAAGGUGUCUGAAGCAAUUACUGGGGAACUGAAGAAGAUACCCAAACCUGAUCGCGGACCCCGCCCACUCAAGAUGGUGUAUGAUGAUAUUCCAAAUAUUGAUGUUUCUUUCACCGUUGAGGGUUUUAAAGAAGCAUUGACCACCAGAUAUCGAAAUGAUCCUAACCGUGAUUACAAUCAUGUACGCGAAGAGAUUGAGAGGAAUACGUAUUGGUUUGAGCGGAUGGUAGGCCCUCAUUUCCCUGGCGCGAUCCCAAAGCGUAUAACAAGGUUAAAAGUUUUAUGGAUGAACGAGUCCUUGACAUUGAGGACUGUAGAGUUUGGCUAUUGAUUGAUUCAAAGACAAUACUUGCAUGCAAAUAGUUUAUGCAGUAUAUGGGUUGUUACAUGUUAGUGGACCAGGCAUUUAUCGAUGUAUAUUUGAACUGUGAUAUCAAAUAUGAGAUUGAAGUUAGUGAUGGUAGUAGCUAAGAUUUGUAUGAUGCUUUGAAGAGGUAUUCAAGACAUUUACCUCAUAAUGCGAAUGUCCUAUCAUGUUUUCCUUCUCAAGUUCACUGAUUCUUACUUGGGAAAAAUGCAGCUCCUCUUUAUUUUUUUUCCCAAAGCUGGUUUUAAUGUUUUUGGGUUCCAUUUUUAUUUGUGGGUACAGAUUGAGAGGAAUACGUAUUGGUUUGAGCGGAUGGUCAGCCCUCAUUUCCUUGGCGUGAUCCCAAAGCGGAUAACAAGGUUAGGACUUUUAUGGAUGAACGAGUCCUUGACAAUGAGGGUUGUAGAGUUUGGCUAUUGAUUGAUUCAAAGACAAUACUUGCAUGUAAAUAGUAUAUGGAGUAUAAUAUGGCUUGUUACAUGUUAGUGGACCAAGCAUUUAUUGUUGUUUAUUUGAACUGUGAUAUCAAAUAUGAGGUUAAGUU